CUCUUUUUUUAUCCUAAUGGAUCUCUACUUUCCCUUUAGCUUUACAACUUUUACUCUCUUUCUAAGCUUUGUCUUCCUGUUUCUCACCAAAUGGAAGAAAUCCAAAGAUGGUAAAAAACUAGAAAAACUGCCACCAGGUCCCAAGAAAUUGCCUAUUAUUGGAACAUGCACCUCGUAAGUUCACUUCCACAUCGUUCGUUCAGAGAUUUAGCCAAAAUAUAUGGACCAUUAAUGCAUCUGAAGCUCGGUGAAACUUCAACAAUUGUCGUAUCGUCACCCAAAAUCGCGAAAGAGUUAUUGAAAACUCAAGAUCCUACUUUUGCAGCUAGGCCAGGAACUCUAGCUCUUGAAAUUAUUUCCUAUAACCAUGCUGCCAUUUCAUUUAGUCCGUACGAUGAUUACUGGAGACAAAUGCGAAGAAUAUGCAUUUUAGAACUCUUAAGUGCCAAGCAGGUGAAAUCGUUUGGACCCAUUAGGAAUGAUGAGGUUCUUAAUCUCGUCAAAUCCAUUAGAUCUUCUGCUGGAAAACCAAUAAAUCUCACAGAAAAGAUUAUCUCGACAAUGAGUGCCACGACUUGCAGAGCGGCGUUUAGUAAGGUAUUCAAGGAUAAAGAAACGCUGAUAAAAAUAAUGAGGAAAGCUUUAGCCUUGUCGGGAGGCUUUGAUCUUGCCGAUCUGUUUCCUUCAUCGAAGAUGCUUAAAACCCUUAGUUGGAAUAAGCUAAAGUUGUUGGCAAUGCGUCGCAAGCUUGAUGAGAUUCUUGAUGGUAUCAUUGGUGAACACAAAGAAAAUUUGGCAAAAAUGAGUAAUGGAAAUGGAGAGCUAGAUCAAACUGGAGACUCAAAAAGAAAGGGAAAUGGAGAGUUUGGCAAUGAAGAUUUAGUUGAUGUCUUCCUACGAAUAAACGAGAGUGGUGAACUCCAGUUUCCAAUUGACAAAAUCAAAGCUGUUAUUUCCGUAAGUAAAUGUAUGCUGAACUAUCGAUCUCAUGUAAAAGCUUAAACGGAGA